CCCUUAGAUUGAACCUUAAUUAAAUGUUAUGUAUAGGAGUAUUACAUCAACAAUCACUGUCUUUGAUUUGUUGCUUUUUAUAAUUUCUGAGCUGUAUCACAAAGCGACGUUUGAUAAAUUUAGGGUCGUCUUCCAGUGAAGUGGACAGCUUAUGAGGCCUUGUUGUAUGGAAAGUAUACCACCAAAAGUGAUGUGGGGUUCACCUUAUCCAAGAAUGGACGGAAGAAAAAUUGCAAACUUGCUUCAAGAAGGAUAUAAGAUGCCUAAACCACAACACGUCGAUGAAGAAUCAGUGUACCAGGUCAUGAUGAAAUGCUGGAAAAAUGACCCGGACGCAAGACCAACAUUCAUUGAAUUGACAAUUCAGCUUAAGGACAUGGAAGCCCUGCACAAGAAGCUGAUCAAUAUGAAUAUGUACGACAAGCAGUUGUAUGAAAACAUCGAGGAUUUAAUAGUUUAGUUAGAUAUGCAAACAGUUAGUUAGAUCGGCAAACAGUUUGAACGCUUUGCCCCAACAAGUUUCAGAGAUUAGUCAUAUUCGGCUUACAAGCUUACUUGAUAGAAAGAGCCAUAUUGUUUUAGGCUGGAACGUUGUAAUUCAAUUAAUUUUAUAUUCGUUAAAGCUAAAAAGCUAUUCUAAGUCUCGCUGUACCGAUAAAGUAUGCACUCAUGUAUCUCCUUAACAUGUUUUAACAUGUUUUAACAUGUUAACAAACGCUUAAC